UGAUCAUGCACAGAACAUAAAGCGACCUUCAUUUCUCUCUCUCUCAACAGAGAAAUCAAAGCUUAAGUAACUUAGAUCACCGUUUCUGACAUAUAAUAUGGAGAGUGAGAAUCUGGAAGAAUUGCAGGGAGGAUCCUAUGUUUCUAAGGAAAUAUCUCAGCUUUAUGAAGCAAAUUAUGAAGAAAAGAAGAAAGUGCAAGAAUUGAAGCUGCGGAUUGAAGAAUUGGAAAAUGAACUGAAGAAGAAAACACCUCUGAUCAAAGGAUCAAGUGAGACAGAGGACGAAGGGCCUGACGCAGACCAAGAGCUCAUAGGAGUUCUUAUUGCAAGUGAGCGAAAAAGCAAGGAUGAGUUGACAGAACUUAGAAAGCUCUUGAUUGAUCAAUUAGAAGAUGAGUCAACUCCUGCUCCUUUUGGUGUUAAGAGAAUGGGUGAACUUGAUUCUCAACCAUUCAUUGAAGCAAUGAAACCAUACAAGGAUGGCCCUUAUAAAGCUAUGCGGUUGUGCUCAUUAUUGAGCAUGCUUAUUGGAUGUCCAGAGUGGCAUCCUUUCAAAAUUAUCAACAUGGGAGGGAAACUUGUGGAAGUUGUUGAUGAGGAGGAUGAGAAGUUGAAGACACUAAAGAUGGGAUUCAGUGAAAGUGUUUACAAUGCGAUUAAAACUGCAUUAACUGAGAUGAAUGAGUAUAACCCUAGUGGUCGUUUCAUUGUUCAAGAGCUAUGGAAUUUUAAAGAAGAUAGGAAAGCAAGUUUGAAGGAGGUGGUUGAGUUUAUGCUUCAUGGUUGGACUCCUAACAAACGCUUAAGGAGAAGUUGAUCGUCAAUGCUGCUAUAUCCCAAGUGGAAAAGUAAUUUAUUUACUCUUCCGAAACUUUAUUAGCAAUAACAUAUAUUAUUCUUAGAACUAAUUAACUGGGGACUUAUCUGUGUUGAACGCUUUCGACGGACUAUCAAGAUAUAUUUUGGAUAAUCCUUUCUGGUUUUAUAAUAAACGCACGCCUAAGGUAGGUAUUUAAUAAAUUGUUUAGUGUUUACUAAACCUUAAUUUAA